UUCUCCCACUUCACCUUUCCUCGCCGUUCCUGCGAACACUUUGGGGUAUCAGACUUUUGAGAGGUGGCUGGUGCAUCUACCCAACGCAAGACCCUGAUUCGGCGCUGACGCGGGCAAUCAUCUUUACCAAACUAACUCUAUUCUCACCCGGUACCUUAGUAUUAUACGACAAUACGGACGAUUCGUACAAAGCAACUCAUCUGACUUCGACGAAGCUACCUUACGGAGUAGCUACCGAUAGCUCGGCUCUUUCCCCAUCAUCGCCCUCGUCCUCGUCCUUUGUCCUCUUCCUCGCCGCAACAACAACACUGCGUCGCAUUGUCACCACCACCUAUUAUCACCUACUCUCCUCUGUUCAUCAUCAACCGCAUAACUUUGCCGUCAAAUUUUUACACCGACCUUUUCAGACCUCUAUAUCGCCUAUCAUGGCCUUCCUCUUCCCCGCCGACGAACUCGUCAAGAGACAAUACUACAACUGCCCUUCCGGUUAUUAUUACAGCAACGGCCGUUGUCGCGAACGCAGCAGCUGGUCUUGGUGGGGCCGCUGGGUCCUGACCGGCAUGAUCAUUUUCGCGUUUAUCCUCCUCCUCUGCUGCCUAGGCUCCCGCCGCCGCAGAAAGAGGGGCAGGCAACCCAUGUACGGCACCGGCUGGAUGACGAACAACCGUUUCGGCGGCGGCCCCCACCAGCAGCCGCAGCAGCAGCCGCAGUACGGGCAGGGCUACAACCAGCAACAGCAGCAGGGCGGCUACCACUACGGCCAACAACAGCAGCCGCAGUACGGGUACGGCCAGGGCGAGUACAACGCUCCCCCCGCCUACGGCCAGCCGCCGCCGCAGCCUCAGCAUACCGGCCAGACGUUCACCCCCGGCGAAGGGUACUAUGGCGGCCACGACGGGAUUCAGCUCCAGCAGCCGCCUCAGGCGUAUUCGCGCGGUGUCGACGGUGACUUUUCGCCGCCGCCGGGGCCGCCUCCCGCCAAGGCUUAGACGGGGUGGAGGUUGUUGUUGGGAUACCGUACCUAGGAAUGAUCCAUGAGAGU